AUGAAGAAGUACCACGCCACGCUCUCGCGCCGGCAGAGCACGCUGCUUGCCAGGCUGCGGCUCGACUUUGCCGGCCUCGCGGCGCACCUCCACCGCAUCCAGCGCGACCCGACCGGCCUGUGCGAGUGCGGCGAGGAGGAGACUCGGGCCCACUUCCUCCUUGCCUGCCCCCUCUACGCCGCGCCUCGUGCUGCGCUCGUGCGUGCGACCGGCAAGGACGCCAUGCCACCCCUCGCCACCCUCCUCACCGACCUUGCCCUCGCCCGCUCCGUCCUCAAGUUUGUCAACGACACCGGGCGGUUCCCUCGGCUGCACAGGGCGGUCAAGGACUCGGCGGGCACGGUCAAGCAGGGCGUCUAG